GUGGUCUCCAGACUCCAGUGGCAGAGUGGCUUCAUCCUGCAUGCAUGGACCACAUAAACUCGAUUGGAGAGCGCUGUAACGACUGGUAUCGGCUCGAUAAUAUUCCGUCACAGCCUCAACUUUGACAAGCUCCGAAAACUGGACUUAUAUAACGGCGAGGCGCCAUACUGCGGGGGUCUGGUCACUCCUUAGCUGCUACUUUGAGUGCGAAUAGAUGUCCACAAGAAACACCUCGCCUGCCUCGCAUCUGAGUUAUCCGAGUCAAAGCAUGCAACAACCGAGCGACUUCACUGGGGGCAUUCAGGGUGACACCGUCAUUGCCGGGACGACCACUGCGGCUGGCGGGACGACGAACUUCAUUAUUUCAAACGGACCGAGCCGAAAACGCACCCCUUUCUCCACCGUCCCGUUCGCACCAGACCCUGACUUCGUCGACCGGCCGGACAUUCUAGCGUGGAUCCACGACAACUGCGCAAGACCGGGCGCUCGCGCCGCGCUCGUCGGCCUUGGCGGCGUAGGGAAGUCGCAAAUAGCUAUCCGAUACUGCUACGAUAUCCGCGAUACAUCGCCGCAAACGUCCAUCUUCUGGGUAUACGCUAGUACUAAGGCCCGAUUUGAAGAAGCGUACAGAGAUAUUGCAGACAGGUUAGAGCUUCCGGGGCGAGAGAAUCCGAAGGCCGAUAUUUUACGGCUAGUCCGUAACUGGCUAUGCGAGGAAACAAACGGCCAAUGGACAAUGGUCCUCGACAACGUCGACGACGUCGAGACCUUCUCGUCGCGCAAGGGCGAGCAAGACAAGCCGUCCGAAAGCCCGCCGGCAUCGCUGGCGGUUUACCUCCCGCAGAGCCCCAACGGAUCGAUCCUGAUCACUUCUAGGAACAAGGAUGCAGCAGCCGGACUAGCAGGAGGCUAUAAGAAUAUCAAGGAGGUGCAGGCAAUGGACGAGGCCCAAGGCCUACAGCUCCUCCGAAACAAGCUACUGCAGGACGCGUUGACCGACGACACAAUUGAUCUGCUGCGUGCUCUCGACUACAUCCCUCUUGCAAUCACCCAGGCCGCUGCAUACAUCAACCGGCGAGCUCGAAUGACGAUCUCUAAGUACCUCGACGAGUUUCGAAGAAACAAUAACAAGAGAGAAAAUCUCCUAAAUUGGGAUAUAGACGAUAUCCGUAGGGAUGAUAGUGCAUCUAACUCGGUGGUAACGACGUGGCAGAUAUCGUUUGAGCGUAUCCGUAAAGAACGGCCUUCUGCUGCAGACUUGCUAUCGCUUAUGAGCUUCUUUAACCCCCAAGGAAUUCCAGAGUCUAUACUUCGAAGGCAUAGUAGGACAGUCAGUAGGACAGUGGCAAAACCAGGCUGCGAAGACGAGGCUAAUAAUGAAUUCGACGAAGACUUUGAUACCUUACAAGCUUACUCCCUUGUUUCUGCGACAACCGAGACUGACGUGUGUGAGAUGCACGCCCUGGUGCAGUUCUGCACACGGAUCUGGCUAUCGUCGUUUAGCGACGCGGAGUGGUGGAAGCAACAAUUCGUACAAUUAAUGGCACGAGAGCUUCCCAACGGCGAGUUUAAGAACUGGGCGAAGUGCCAGCAACUGCUUCCGCAUGUUGAAUCGUUAUAUGGCGCAGAGCCGGUGACUGAGAAGUUUUUGAAAGACUGGGCUAAGAUUCUUACAAAUUCUGCGUGGUAUAUGUGGAUGACAGGGAGGUAUAAGAUAGCACACGACAUAGCAAUAAAGGCGCUGAAUGCUGGAGAGAGGGCAAAUGGGCAGGACGACCAAUUGACACUAAUAAGUGUUACCGUCCUGGCGUUGGUGCUGCAAAGUCAGGGGAAGUACUCGGAGGCGGAGAAGCUGAACCGGCGAGCGCUAGAAGGGAGGGAGAAGGAGCUAGAUCAUCCUGAUACACUAACUUCCGUCUACUGCCUUGCCUAUCUUUUACACAAGCGCAGGCGAUAUAGGGAGGCGUCCGAGCUCUACCAGAGUGCAUCCAAUGGCUACAAGCAGAAGCUCGGUUCCCAGCACCCGAAAACUAUUGCGUGUCUUAAUUAUUUUACAGCUAUGCAACAAGAGGCAGGGGAGGAAAGACAAGGACCGAGCAGGACAUCAGUUGACAAUGAUAAAGAGGAGCUUAGAGAGAUACCCACCGAUGGUGCUAGUACUCUGCACGACAGUGAGGCUAUGCCUGAGCAAACCAGCAGCUUGAAGAGCAAAAAAGACUCGUUUUACACGCGCUUGAAAGGGAGGAUGGGUAGAAAAGAUAGAUAG